AAUAACUCUCAUUCAUAACGUUUCUUUCUAGUUUCAUAUAACUAGCAUUAGUUUCUUCAGAGAGAGAAAUUCUCUUUUAUUUUUUUCUGUAGGUACUGUUAAGGAGAAAAACUCUGUUCCUUUCUUCUUCGGGAGCUUCACUUUGCUGAAAGCGCGCGUACAAUUUAGGCAAGUUUUUGAAGCGAGAGUGUAAAAGAUUACUUACCAGUUGCGAAUGGAGGUAUAUGGAAAAUCUGCGGUUGCAGGUCAUGCGAAUGUUAUUUAUCUGUCGAGUAUUUUGGGCCGGGAUAGUCCAUUUCCCGGCCACAAAUGCGACUGGAAAUGCAAAAACGAACAUGUUUGCGGAAACAUGUAUCGCUGCAAUCUAACAGGGCUGACUCAUAUCUGUGAUAAAAACUGUAACCAGAGAAUUCUGUAUGAUAAUCACAGCUCCCGUUGCCGAGCUAGUGGACAGAUUUUCCCGCUUACGCCAACGGAGGAACAAGCGGUGCGAGGUGUUCGAAGGAAGCUUGAUGGAGAGACUACGCCUACGCCAAGUGAUGGAUGUAGUUUUAAGCGGAGACGGGAUGUGCAGUUUAAUUCUCCUUUUGAGAAGUCUUUUUCGGCUGUUAGUCCUAUCUGCGGCCAAAUUGGAGAUGGCAUGGAUAUGAGCUAGAUAUAUAUUUCAUCUAACUGAAAGACUUUUCCUUUUCUCUUGUCUUGUCGUUUUUCCUUUUUUCGAUCCGAUGAGUAUGAAUAACAGAACUUACUGGGGGACACUAUGUAUGUUCAUCUUUCUAUUGUUGGAACUCCUUAUUUCUAAUAUGAAUGUAAUGCGGUGGUUAAUGUA